GCAUGAGUCAAGGCUGGUAUUCGCAGCGUAGACCUCCCACACACUCUUGACCACUUUUGUCAGUUUUUGGUUGUCAAUUGGAGUGUAUGUGUGGUGUGGUGGUCGUCUUCAACAACAAUUUUCAUCCACUUUCAUAGCUUCCAAACAACUCAGCAUCAAACCCAACCAAUUGUAAGAGAAAGGACGACAAAUCUCCAGUCCAACUAGAAAACCUACCGAAAAAUCUACAAGUAAAACAAUGCCUGCCCCAGAACCAGUAGCUGAAAAUGGAGCUCCCCGCUCUGAACUCCAGGAACUUCAAUACAAAGCUGGACAGGUUACAGAUGAUUCCCUGGAAAGUACAAGACGGAUGCUCGCCCUUUGCGAGGAGAGCCACGAAGUCGGGAUGAAAACCCUUGUCAUGCUGGAUGAACAGGGGGAACAAUUGGACCGCAUCGAGGAUGGUAUGGACCAGAUCAACACCGACAUGCGCGAGGCCGAGAAGAAUCUUACCGGGAUGGAAAAGUGCUGCGGUUUAUGCGUUUUACCCUGUCAGAAGGGUUCUUCGUUUAAAGAAGACGAGGGCACGUGGAAAGGCAACGAUGACGGUAAAGUCGUUAACAAUCAACCCCAGAGGAUGAUGGAUGAUCGCAACGGAUGCGGUCCGCAGGGCGGAUACAUUGGACGAAUCACGAACGACGAUCGCGAAGUGGAAAUGGAGGAGAACAUGGGUCAGGUCAACACCAUGAUUGGUAAUUUGCGUAAUAUGGCAAUCGACAUGGGAUCCGAAUUGCAGAAUCAGAAUAAUCAGAUCGAAAGGAUCAAUCUCAAGGGCGAGUCCAAUGAGACACGGAUAGGAGUGGCCAACCAGCGAGCCCACGAACUCCUUAAGUAGACACACAAACACACUUUAUAUAAGAUGAGGUCUAGCCGAGGACCUUGAACGAAGAUAACUUUUGUUAUCCUUUAUUUGUUAUCAAAUAGAUCUUUCAGUUUCUCCUUCAGCACUCUCCUGAUUAUGUAUUUAUUUUUAUAAAUUUCGGUAAUCGUUUAUUGAGUAAAGGGUCCUCGGCUACACCCGAAUCCGAUAUCGCACAUACUGUGCUGUCAUGUGUUUGCUUGAUGUACGAUAGGGCGAGAGCAACGAAACGCGCAUUGCAGUCGCUAACCAGCGGGCCAACAAGCUACUCAAGUCCUAAAAGGGAGAUCGCCUUUAUACUCUUAACAUUUAAAAAAAAUUGUAACCUUUUUCUCUCCUUCAAUGUAUCUUAAAUAUUUAAAAAAAAUAUCAAUUCUCAAUGUUGCUUAGUAUUUCACCUAGUCAUAGGUCUAUUGUAGAUGAUAAUACUAUAUAGAUUGUAAUACUUUUAUUUACGUCUUUGAAAACCUACCAACUCUACGAAAAAGUCACCAAAAUAUUUGCGCUACUACUUAGGAUACGAUAUUAUCUAAUUAUUAUAAAGAAAUUCAAUGUAACCAUAUCUUACUAAGACUUUAUCUAAUAUGUAGAAUAUAUAUACUGUAGCUAUUGAGAAUAUUGUAAUGACUGGGUGAGAUAUUUAAUAAGGAACGUCUCUCAUUGUUUAUUAUUAUAAUUCUGUCUAAUUUAGUUAUUUAAAAAAAAAAGUGCCCAGUGCCAAGAGUGAGAUUUUGUAAUAGUCAGGCACGCCUACCUCUAAACACUUAUUUUCCUUUUUUCUACUAUGAAAGAAAGAUGCAAAUCUAACAGGAGCAAUAAUAGAUCGUAGAAAUAAGUAGAGUUGGUAGAGUUUAUAUACUUUUGGAAAUUUUGAAACCGCCCCGGGAAUAAAAAAUUAGUACUGGGGUUCGCACAUUCAUUGUAAUAACUUAAGGAAUAAUAAAUAUAUAUAUUUAAAUGUUACUAGUGGUUGAUGAAACGGAGAGUAAAUAAGAGAUGAUGAAUGGGUGAUUGACGACGUAUUUUUACAUUACAUUUUUUUUUUUCAUUUCUUUUUGUAAGAACAAACAAAAACUUUAGUUACGAUUAAAUAAUUUCCGUUGUGUAAAUACAUUUUGUUUCGAUGUAUAUAUUUAUGUAUGAAUUUAUAACGAAUGCUAGUAACAUUUAGUUACUUUUGUUUCGAGGGUUUUUGGGGUUGAGAAAAUAUUUGUAAUCUCUU